ACUUUGGUCCUGAUUUACACUCGCUUAAUAAACGACAGAGCAGUUCAUACAGGAAUAAGCAACAGCGCACCUCAAAACUCGGAGCUGUCGCCAUUUACCUGCAGCUUUUUCAGGGAUAUCGGUGUUUAUUUAACUUGAGUCCAUUCGUGUCGUAAUAUUUAAGUGUUACGGGAGAAACAAAUCGUUCUGUAAGGACUUUAGUGAAGAACGCGAAUAUCCGGGAGUGUAAGUUAGCAUCCGCGGCUAUCUGACUAAACGCAUCAAAUCUGACAGCCAGUAAUAUUUGUCUUUCUGUUUUAGCUGACUUUAAUGGACGGGAAGUUUUGAUAUUUUGCUUAUUUUAUUUAACAUUUACCAUAUCGCCCAAGGAAAUCUAUUUCUCGAAUAUAAUAAUCGCGAAGGCUCCGGAGACCGCGGAGCUGCGCUGCUAGCUUCUCACUCGCGAGUCGGCCAAGGGGAAAUUGAACAGUCAUUUCAUAUCCUGGAAUUUCUGUGGACCACUAACUCUCCCCUUUGACAGCUACACUCUUACACGGACUCGUAUUGUUUGAGGAUUUAUCAUUUUUUCUCAUCGUCUGAGGAUUUUCCUCCUCCGUGUCCUCAACAACCACCGACUAACGUUAGCUGCUUCCGGCGAGCUGGCGACGCCGCUCAUCUCAGGAUAGACAAAAAUUUGGGCACAUUCAAAAUCCAUAAUUUACAUGGGAUACCAUAACAUUUAACUUGAAAAGUGUCAUCUCUCUGCCUCCUGCCCUUGAGGUGUGAGUCAGCCAGAUUUAUUUUCCUGUGGCCGUUCAGGACAGCGCUGUCAGUUAUCAGUCAGUAAUGUCAGAAGAAGGAAAGCAGAGCGCCACACCUGCCCUUGCAUCCACUAUGGGAAUGAAGUCUGAGUCCACAGCCUCGCCACCUACCGGCCAGGCGGUUUCAUCUGUGUCUCCCCCGGUGUCCACAGUAACACAGCCUGCACUACCUGCAACUGAGGAUGAGGAGGAGGAGAGCGAAGAUGAAUCUGAGAUUCUGGAGGAAAGCCCCUGUGGACGCUGGCAGAAACGGAGAGAAGAGGUUAACCAGCGCAACGUCCCAGGUAUCGACAAUGCUUAUCUUGCCAUGGACACAGAGGAAGGUGUGGAGGUGGUGUGGAAUGAGGUCAUGUUUUCUGAACGAAAGAACUUCAAACUACAAGAGGAAAAAGUGAAAGCGGUGUUUGAUAACCUCAUCCAGCUGGAACAUUUGAAUAUUGUAAAGUUUCACAAGUAUUGGGCAGAUGUGAAGGAGAACAGAACUAGGGUUAUUUUCAUUACAGAAUACAUGUCUUCUGGAAGCCUGAAGCAGUUUCUAAAGAAGACAAAGAAGAAUCACAAGACCAUGAAUGAAAAGGCAUGGAAACGCUGGUGCACUCAGAUAUUAUCUGCCUUAAGCUAUCUGCAUUCAUGUGAACCUGCCAUUAUCCACGGGAACCUGACCUGUGACACCAUUUUCAUACAGCACAAUGGACUCAUCAAAAUCGGCUCAGGUGGGCUAAAGCACAUUGAGUAUGACUGUUUAAAUGUUACACAUUGUAUUAUUGUUGCUGAUGUUUUUGUUUUUUUUGUAGUGGCCCCAGACACCAUUAAUAACCAUGUGAAAACAUGUCGGGAGGAACAGAAGAGUUUGCACUUCUUUGCUCCAGAGUAUGGAGCUGUUGCCAGUGUCACUACAGCUGUGGACAUCUAUUCCUUUGGAAUGUGUGCCUUAGAGAUGGCUGUGCUGGAAAUCCAAAGUAAUGGAGAGUCCUCAUAUGUGUCACAAGAAGCCAUUAAUAGUGCCAUCCUGUCUCUGGAGGACCCACUGCAGAGAGAGUUUAUUCAGAAGUGUCUGGAGGUGGACCCCAGUAAGAGGCCCACAGCCAGAGAGCUGCUUUUCCAUCAAGCUCUGUUUGAAGUGCCUCUUUUGAAACUAUUGGCUGCACACUGUAUCGUCAGUCACCAGCACAUGAUCCCUGAAAAUGCUUUAGAGGAAAUUACCAAGAAUAUGGACCCCAACCAGGUCAUAAUGGAAAGGAAAGAGGUCCAACUCAAACUCUCACAGUUUCCUGCUUUGGAGCUUGACAAGUUUCUUGAAGAUGUGAGGAAUGGGAUCUAUCCGCUGACUGCCUUCGGCAUGCCCUGCCCACAGCAGCCUCAGCAAGAGGCUGUCAAGUCCCCCAUCGUGCCACCCUCUGUCAAAACGCCUACGCCUGAGCCUGCAGAGCUGGAGACCAGGAAGGUUGUACAAAUGCAGUGCAACAUCGAGCCUGUGGAGGAAGGAGCAAAACAUCAUCUGACCUUACUGCUAAAACUGGAAGAUAAGCUGAACCGACACUUGAGUUGUGAUUUGGCACCAAAUGAGAAUGUACACGAGUUGGCCGUGGAACUGGUCCAGCUUGGCUUCAUUAGUGAGGGGGAUCAGCCACGUCUCACUACUGUGCUGGAAGAGGCGUUCUCUAGAUACUACAGCCGUAACGGCUCUCUGAAUCCUGUAACCGUUUCCUCAUAGCAGAGGGGCCAAUCUGCCAGCUCCUUUAUCUUCAUGCACGGGACGGGACUCUAGCACUUCAUCACUCGGAGGAUUGUGUGUGAGCUUUGUCGGGAGGGAUCAGAACACCUCGAACUGAAUUUCAGAAAGAAAACCACCCCUGCGCUCUGUUCUUCACACUGCUUUAGGUGAUGGAAAGUGUUGGCUGAUGGUUCCUGUGUACAUUUAUUCUGUCAGUGUAGCAGUCUGCUUCUCUGUUUUAAAAGAAGAAAAAAAUGACUCAUUAUUUAAAUCAGUAUUACGAGCUGUACUUUGGAGCGUGUUUGCUUACAGUAUGUGUGGGAUCGGUUACUUCUGGUUUGCACUUUAGCAAAUCUUUAUUGUUGUCUUUUUAGGCACAUCACAUGCAUAUUUCAUGACCUUUUAUUCACCCUUUCAAUCAUUCAUUUAUUAUUUUUUUUUAUUGUAAGAAAAAUGCGUUACUGUGUUCUUUUGCAAUUACCAAAUAACAUUGUCUUUGUACCUUUUAAGGCACACCAUUAAUUAUGGUUAACUUUGGUCUGCAAUGCAAGAUCUACGACGACUGUGAAAGGAAAGGGGUUCUCGAAGCAUU